UAUGAUAUCAUUUUUUCAGAGUCGAUCAACGAGCCAAUAGACAAAUAGUUGACCUUUACAAAAAUCACAAGUUUUAUUGGAUUUUUGCAAAACACUGUUAGAUCUUACUCUGUAAUCGGGUGGCCUAUAUUUUUUGUGUAUGAAGACAAACAUAACUUUGUUGUCAUGACACUAUUUUCUCUCCGUCUAUUACGACACCCAGUAACAAAAGACUUUUUUGCAGAAACAGUGGAAACUUCCCUUCCACAGUUUCGCAAAGAAAGUAUGGUUGGCCUUGAAGUAACUUUUGACGUAGAAGGAAUCAGAAAGCAAGAAAACCUGCUAAUUUUCCCUUUAGGCAUAGUUAGUGGUCUCUUUAUUGGUUCGGUUGUUGGAGAGCCUCAUAGUAUCAUCAAGGAUUAUGGACAAGGCCGUUUCAUAAGUCCACCUUCUUGUAGAAGAUUUGCGCUAGAUUUGGAAAAACAAGAAUUUCUGGAAGUCAGUUGGUAUUUGGACAAACAACUUUUGUUGGUGAAUUGGGUUCAUUUUCCAACAAAUUCUCACUGUCUCUCUUACUUUGUUAUAUAUGAGGCACCUGUACCAGGGAAGCUGCCGCAUAAACUCUAUAAAAGUGUCGAAAUGAUAUCUCAAUUUGAUCCAAAACUGGAGAACAACCAUAGCUUCAGUUUGUGGUUUGAAGGUUGUUCUUUAUCAAAGGAAAAUCGUUCUUUACCUAUAUGUAAUGUUCCUGAAGUGAAGUCAUUUUUCCAGAAAAUUAUAGCUGCAAAGAGUGGUAUAGUUCGAAUCACAGAAUAUUUGGAUAAUGGAAACAGUGUAACAGUUGAUCAACUGGCAAGAUUCUUUUCGUAUGUAAGGAUUUUGCAAGAUACUGAGUUGGCGAGUUACCCAUUUUUACAAAAAACUCGAAAUUAUGCAAUAAGUCAGUUGCCGUUUAUAGAAACAGAUAAUGCUUCUGAAGGAAUUCGACAACUGCUACAUGGACAACAACAAAUGAAUAGCAAUGAACAGUAUUCGUGGAUGCCCAGAGAAGUCACCAAUCAGAGGACUUAUAAAAGAUUGAAGGGAUCCAAAGAGGAGUCUACAGCUAUGAAAGACCAUCAAGUGGACUGUCAAUUCUGUAAGCAUAAAGGAAACACGAGUCGUAACGAUGCUCAUGUUCCUAGUUGGAUAGAUACCUGGAACUCCUUGUCUAGUGAAGAAUCACUUAAAUAGUCAGCGUUAUUCAUUAUAAUGAAAAACUCUCUGAUUUGAAAUAAACAAAAUAUUUAUUGAUGGACAACUGCUUUUUGGGUACAACUUUGUUGUUGGCUUUUAACAAAUAUUGCUUCUCGCCUCUAUUCCAAAUGUUAUUCAUUGGAGAGUUGUUCAUAUGCAAGUACAUUAUAGUUAUACGAAGUUUUGUACAUGUUCCUGAUUCGACUGCAAUCGUCGGAGAAAGGUCGUUUGACUCAUUUGCUGCAUAUCAAAGCUACAAGAGAGUUGGAACGAUUGAGUUCUUAUUGAAAUCAAGCGGUAAGAAUGGACGUCAUCUCAGUAUGAAGGGAUAGAGCUCAUAUUUUACAACUGUGCAAAAGCUGAUGAUCGUUCUCUGAGGAAAUCCAUAUUUCGGUUUGUUGACCAAAAGUUUGGUAAGCGUUCUCCACAGUGUUGUCAAUAGUUAUUGGAAUGUUAUUCUUGUUCAGGAACUUGAAUUGGCAACGUUAGAGAAGCUAGUUACUAUAAUCGUCACCUUGAUGAAGAAACAUUUCAAUUGACACAAUACUGUAUUCUCAUACUUUUACGAAAUGACGAGGAAAAACUCGAGAAAUUACAUUAGUUGGAUACUUGUAGACGUUUGAUUUCAACUCCA